UAGAGCUAGAAUCCUUAGGAAAAAAGAUUUCCUCUUAUCGAGGAAGCUGAGUUGUUUGUUAGUAAAGGAGCGAAGUAUAUUGAGGACAAGUUUGGAAUCGUUAAUUUGGCGACCUCGCAAAAUGUUUUUCUUGACGAUUCUGUUGUUGGGUGCCAUACAAUUGUCAUCUUGUUUAUUACCUUCUGAGAUUACGUACAAGACCUGCCCAAAGCUGUGGAAAAAGAUCGGGUGUAGUACUGGUGUGCAUGUUAACCUCUCGAUAGCUAUUGAUGACAGGAACAAGAAUAUUGUUGACUGGGACAACGUUAAUGCUUACGAGCACGAUCUACUGUGUCGGUGUCGGCAAUUAAAUCUUGCUAAAGGACACACAUGGUUUGGAGUAGACAGCCAAGGACUUUGUUUAUCACAACGGGGAGAUUUGGGAAGCUAUUUGAUUCAGAAUCCUCUUGAAGACGUGUCCAAGUGUUCUGGACCAAUAACUCAGGCUACACUAAUCGCUCCUGAUGGCAGCAAUUGUAUUGGUUCCCAAUAUCGACCCUUUUUUUAUACGAUUGAAACUUCGGUUCCUGCCGUUCUCGCAGGUGCACCAGUUGGAAGUGCCCCAGAAGAAGAAAUGGAAGAAGAAGAAGAAGAAGUUGCCGUAGGUGCUGCACCUGAAAAGGAGCAAGAAGAAGAAGAAGUAGCGAGUUGCAAAACCGUCGCCGAUGUUGUACUUGUCAUUGACGUAUCUGGGAGUGUCAAAUUAAAAGGGUUUAGACAAACCCAGAAAUUUAUCAAAAGCUUCAUGGAUCGUUUUGACUUCACUGACGGUACAAGGAUUGGCAUCGUGACCUACGAUGAAAAAUGCCAACAGGUCUUGGACUGGAAUGAGAGCGCCAAGAAGAACAAAGAAAGCUUGAAAAAAUACUGUGACUCUCUAAGGUACACCGGUGGAUCAACACGAACCGAUCUGGCCUUAAAAUGUGCUGCGGAUAAAAUCGUCAAGCUCCAAAAGAGACCCAAUGUUCCUAUAACCUGUGUUGUAAUGACUGACGGUAUGACGUGGGGAGGAAGUAACACAGUCCAUGGUCCUGCCAGUAGUCUGAGG